AUUCCGUUAUUUAUUCCUAACCACAGUUCCGAGCUUGAGACUCGGACUCAACAACCCACGAAAUAUAAAUGGAGAGGGUUCAGUGAAACUCGGUUCUCUCUUUCUCUCUCACCCACUCUUUCUUCUCUUUCCAUUAUUCGCAUAUCCAUGGCGUCAGUGGAUACGGAUUCCUUCGUUGAAAAGAUGGAAGAGAAGUUCCACGAUAACAAUUCCGAUUCCGAAUCCUAUUCCGAUUCCGACGACGAUCACGCCAAUAGGCCGCCGCUCAAGGCCUCCGGAUCCAACGUUUACCGCCUCUUCGGCCGAGAACAGCCCGUCCAUAAGGUCCUUGGCGGUGGAAAACCUGCCGAUAUUUUGCUAUGGAGGAAUCGGAGAACCACAGGAAUUGCACUUGGUGCUGGCACUGCCGUUUGGGUUUUCUUUCAGAUGAUGGAAUACCACCUGAUAACUUUCAUUUGCCAUUUAUUAAUUAUGUUUCUCGGUGCACUUUUCUUGUGGUCCAAUGCAUCUGUCUUUAUCCACAAGUCUCCACUGCACAUCCCGCAUGUAGUAAUUCCCGAGGAUUGCGUUCUUGAGGCUGCUUCUGCUAUAAGAAUUGAAAUUAAUCGAGCCUUCGUUCUUUUGCGGGAAAUUGGAACAGGGAGAGAUUUAAAGAAGUUUCUUAGCGUUAUUGCUGUAUUAUGGGUUAUCUCAGUUAUUGGGGGUUGGUUCCACUUCUUGACCUUAUUUUAUCUAUUCUAUUUGUCACUGUUCACAUUGCCACUGCUGUAUGAGAAAUACGAAGAUCAGGUUGAUGCAAUGGGUGAGAAGGCAAUGAUUGAGUUAAAAAAACAAUAUGCAGUGUUUGAUGCUAAGGUUUUGAGCCAGAUACCAAUAGCGGGACUCAAAAAAGAUUAGAAUACAUCAUGUGUUCGAUUUGCUUACUGUAGAUGUCUGUUUUGUUCAGAUGUCAAGUUUCCAAGUCUUAAAUAUACCCCUCUUCCUCUUUUAAUUAAUUCAGUGAAAUAUAGUUUGUCUGAGGAAUAAAAGUCCACCUAGUCUUGGCUUUAAUUAAUAUUUUUUAGGAUUA